UGUGUGAGUUGGGGGUAUAAAACAUUGCAAAACGAGAAAAGCACAUAACUUCCUCCCAGCUAAGUCACGAGUGCAACAUCAACAGCUGUGACAUCCUUAAUCAUGGACAACCUCUAUGACUUCAAUGACAUCUUUGACUUCAACUUCAGCAUUCCGGAUGGCAACUUCACGUUUCCCGACUUUCCCGACAUCAUGAGGCCUAAGAUUCAGCCCAUUCAGAUCGUGGCGCUGACCUUCUAUGCCCUUGUGGUUUUGUUUGGCGUUCCUGGGAAUGCCAUUGUGGUGUGGGUGACCGGUUUCAAAAUGCCCGCGUCGGUCACAUCCAUCUGGUUUCUCAACCUAGCGCUGGCAGACCUCCUGUGUUGCCUCUCGUUGCCUCUUCUCAUGGUGCCUCUUGCCCACGAUGACCACUGGCACUUUGGCCCGUUGGCGUGCACGUUGGUCAAAGGCCUCUUCUACCUGGUGAUGUAUUGCAGCGUCUUGCAGCUCGUCAUCAUAAGUCUAGAUCGUUGUUUGUUGGUGGCCAGGCCUGUGUGGUGCCACAACAACAGGGGAACCAAGUAUGCUGUCCUGGGUUGUGUUGUGGUGUGGUGUCUGGCCCUAAUAGGAAGCAUCCCUCAGUUUGUGUACGCUCAGGAGAUCACGGCGGGCGAGCACAAGCGCGAAUGUUUGACGAUUUACAAUCGGCAAAGCGCCUGGCUCGUCACAACAUUCCGCUUCCUGUUGGGAUUCCUCCUGCCCUUCCUGGUCAUCGUCGUCUGCCACUUGAUGGUCUACAGAAGAGCCGACAGUAAAGCGGCAGCCAGCAGGAGUCGCUCCAAGCGGACGCUGAGAGUCAUCGUUGCCGUGGUGCUCAGCUUCUUCCUGUGCUGGCUGCCCCUGCACAUUGUCGACUUCGUGUUGUUGGUGACCCCUCGGCAUUCCCCUCACCACCCAUCCGUGUACCUGGCCCAUGUUUUGACCUUAUGCCUGGCUUACUUCAACAGCUGCCUCAACCCGUUGCUUUAUGUGUGUCUCGGACGAAGCUUCAAAGACACCAUGAACCGCUCCCUGUGCAACAUCUUGCACCUACUCAGUGAGGACCACACACCCAGAACCAGCAUCACUACUCAUGCUACCACAACUUCGUCAGAGAAGCAGAUGACGAAGGUAUGAGGGGGAGCAGACAUGGACCAUGAUCAACUAUCGCAAUGGAUGAAAGGGCUGGGACUUUCUUCCUUCCUAUAACUAUGACUCAUUCUUGGAGAAGGAAACAUGUUUGGUCAUGGCUGCCACGCGCCUCACAAAGGAGUGGUCGUACCAAAUAGAACCAUUAAAUUCAUCUCGUUAAAUACUGCAUGAUUUAAAAAAAAAA